ACAGUUGUCGGAUGGAGCUCGCCGGUCUGGGACGCGUGGUGGUGUACCUGGAUGACAUCCUCAUCUACUCACGUGACAUGACGCAGCACGUGGAACACCUGCGACGCAUCUUCGAUAUUCUUCGACGGAACUUAAUCCUCAAAGAAUACCACAAUGUCCUGUACGCCGGACCCUUUGGUAGCAACAAGACUCUCUCCGGUAUUGCAAAGCACUACUAUUGGCCCCAGAUGGCAAACAACGUACAGAAAUUCGUCACCCUGUACGACACAUGUCAGCGGAUGAAGAGCAGCAAGCAGAAAAAAGCAGGACUGCUACAGCCUCUUCCUCUCCCAGAUCAGCCAUGGCAAGAGGUUAGCCUAGAAUUCAUCACCGGGUUACCAACUACCACAAGCGGUCAUGGUGCAAUCCUUGUCGUCAUUGAAAAAUCUCCAAAAUGGGACAGUUCAACUCGACACACACGACAGCACGCACUGAGGAGAUAGCACAUCUGUUCGUUUGCUAC